AUGAAACCCCAAGCUAAACCCAAAAAGCUUCAGUCUUACCCUCUUCCAUCAUCUAUCAUGGCUUCCAACAAACCAGUUCUCAUUCUCCUUUCCCUCCUCACACUGUCCUCCAUCGUCAUCAUCAAACCCUCUCAUGCCGUUGAUUUCCCCAUGAGCAAACCUGGUUGGAAAAUCGCCGUCUACUGGGGACAAAACAACGAAUCCAGUGAAGGAACCUUAACCGAUGCAUGCGACUCUAAUCGCUACAACAUCGUCGCCAUCGCAUACCUCCAUGUUUCCGGCAACACAACAUCCUUAAACCUGGAAGACCACUGUCGUCCUCUCGGCAACUGCACCGCCCUAGCUUCACAAAUCCAGCACUGCCCUCUCGGAGCAGUGACCUUAGACGGUAUCGAUCUUGCCCACAUUGAAGACCGCUCAGAGCCAUGGGACGAACUCGUGAGGGCGAUCAAUGGUUCGACCCAAGACAAAAAGAUUUACAUUUCGGGAGCCCCACAUUGCAAUACCAGUUCCUUGGACAGUGCAAUCGAUACGGGUCUUUUCGAUUAUCUCUGGGUUCUAUAUUAUGGCCCAUCGGCUACGUGCGAAUAUUUAGGAAACAACGACUUCACAAAUCUUCUUAACUCAUGGGCAAAAUGGACGUCAAAGCCAGGUUUAGCUAAUAGCUCAGUGUUCUUGGGUUUAGUAGCGUCAAAUGAGACGUCCGCAGCAUCCUAUGGUUACAUACCACCAGAAGAGCUCAAGUCUGAAGUUCUUCCGACCGUGACGGAAUCUUCAAACUUCGGAGGAGUCAUGCUCUGGAACAGGUACUAUGACAAGAAAACAGGUUACAGCACUGAGAUAAAGGAUGCCUUGGGCACAAAAGUUUUUGAAUGCGCACGCCAGGUUCUUGCAUCAAGGAGAUUCAACAGUCUCUUGGCCAAAUCUGUGUAA